AUGGCCGAGCGCGUGUUGAUGAACGAGUACAAGGCCCUCUCCCAGGAGUCUUGGACCAACAUCGAGCUGGUCAACGAGAACAUCUUCGAGUGGGAUGUCGCUCUCAUCGUGCUGAACCCGGACUCGAUCUACUAUGGCGGAUACUUCAAGGCCAAGAUGAACUUUCCCAAAAACUAUCCCUUCAGCCCGCCAGACUUCAAGUUCAUGCGCCCACUCUGGCACCCCAACGUGUAUCCCGACGGCCGCCUCUGCAUCUCCAUUCUCCACCCACCGGGCGAGGACGAAAUGUCGGGCGAGCUCGCAUCCGAACGCUGGUCGCCCGCCCAGCGCGUCGAGUCGGUCCUGCUUUCCAUUCUCUCUCUGCUCGAUGAUGGGGAGCCCUCGUCUCCCGCCAACGUCGACGCUGGUGUUAUGCUACGCAAGGACCCUGCCCAGUACAAGGAGAUGAUCAAGAGGGAUCUGGAAGUCAGCAAACAGGACAUCCCGGAGGACUACGUCAUGCCUACACACGAGGACGCAUUCAAGUCGAAGAAGAACGACGACAUCUUCAUGGAGUGGGAAGACAGCGAUGCCGACUCGGACUUUGGCGCCUCUGACUCUGAGGAUUUCGAUGCCGAAGACGACGACGACGACGACGACGAGGAAUUCGACGAAGACAUGGACGAGGACGACUCGGCUAGUGAUGACGGCAAGAAGAAGGCCUGA